AAAUACGAAGUGUUAACUGUUUUUAUUGGAAAAACAAACCGUUCUAGUUCGGUCCUGGCAAAAUACAAUCAGCUGUUUGUAAUGACAGUUCCUCUGACAAAUACAAAAUGGUUGAAAACUAAAGUUGGCAAACAAAGAAAAGGCAGCGUAAUAGCGAAUUUUAGCGUUAAAAACGUUUUUUUAAAGUGAAAGUUAGUUAGAAUAUAUUGUGUUUAGUGUUUUGUGCACGAUGUUGGAUUUGGAAAUCGUCCCUGAACGCUCUCUGGGCUGUGAUGCCUGGGAAUUCGUUCUAGGGAUGCAUUUCUCCCAGUCCGUGGCCAUCAUUCAGAGUCAAGUGGGCACAAUACGAGGAGUACAAGUACUUUAUAGUGACCAGAAUCCGUUGUCAGUAGACCUAGUUAUAAAUAUGCCGCAAGACGGCAUCCGGUUAAUAUUCGAUCCGGUUGCCCAGCGACUUAAAGUUAUAGAAAUCUACAAUAUGAAAUUAGUUAAGCUUAGGUAUAGUGGCAUGUGCUUCAACUCGCCCGAGAUCUCCCCCUCCAUAGAGCAGGUGGAACACUGCUUCGGUGCGACACACCCUGGUCUCUACGACUCCCAGCGACAUCUGUUCGCGCUCAACUUCAGAGGACUAUCCUUUUAUUUCCCCGUCGAUAGCAAAUUUGAGGAUAUGUUUUUUUUUCAGCCUGGUUAUGCCCACGGGCUAGGCUCCCUUCAGUUCCCCAACGGUGGUUCGCCGGUCGUCUCGCGAACCACUAUCUAUUACGGAUCUCAACAUCAGCAAGCUAGCAGCAACAGUCCGGGCGGGGUAUGCGGGGCGCCGCUGCCCGAGCUCCCCCUCUCCUGCUACCGACACCAGCUCCAUCUGCGACGCUGCGACGUACUACGCACCGCCACCGCCACGCAAGGAUUGCGUCUCCAUAUGUUUACUGAAGGACCGGGACGGUCACUUUCAGAAGGCGGUGCGGGUCGGUCAGUGUGCCGCGUGGUCCGCUUCGGUAGCUCGGCGCAGCGCGUGUGCGCCGCCCUGGGCGCCCCGGCGCGCACCUACUACAAAGCAGACGACAAAAUGCGUAUACACCGCCCCACCGCCCGCAGGCGUCCGCCCCCAGCUUCUGAUUAUUUCUUCAACUACUUCACUUUAGGACUGGACGUAUUAUUCGACGCACGCACUCACCAAGUGAAGAAGUUCGUUCUGCACACGAACUACCCGGGGCACUACAACUUCAACAUGUACCAUCGCUGCGAGUUUGAACUCACUGUACAGCCGGACAAGUGCGAGGCGAACUCGCUAGUAGAGAGUCGCGGCGCAGUUUGUAUAACGGCGUACAGUAAGUGGGAGGUAGUGUCCCGCGCCCUCCGCGUCGCCGAGCGCCCCGUCGUACUCAACCGCGCCUCCUCCACAAACACUACCAACCCGUUCGGGUCAACCUUCUGUUACGGCUACCAGGAUAUUAUCUUUGAGGUGAUGUCAAACAAUUAUAUAGCAUCGAUCACGCUGUAUCAGCCAGAGGGCACGCGGCCUCGUUAUGCAGUCAACUCCAUCGCGUGACAUUGCCAGGGAUCUCCAAGCAAAGGUAAAAAAUACACGUCCUGAACGAUUUCGGUUGUCAGUCACCACAUUAUACCUACACCCGCGAGGUUCCCCAAACAAACUUGAAAAUGUUCAACUUUCUAAUAAAAUAUAAUGACGAAACUUCAGCCGAAGUGACUACAUAUCUUUACCACGAAGCACCUAAGAGGAAGCAGUAUUUUUAAAAAUGUGAUAAAAAAAACUGUGAAAAUAAAAAAUAAAAAACUCGAAAAAAGUGAGUGACAGAUCUCAGACGGUGUGUUAAGGCUUAUUUAAUUCCUUAGACGGACUACAUAGUUAAUGUUUUAUUUUUAAGCUUAAUUAAGUUUUGUUUCAAUGAACAUUGAUUCUUAAAUAAUAGUCAAAUGUGUUCUUGUAAGUUACUUCUCACAGCGCGAGAAUACACUGCCACAGACAAUGUAAUCUCGCGCAGUGAAAUCGGGAUAAAAAUAUAAUAAUAAUUAGAAAAAAAAAUCAUGAAAAAAACUAGAAAUAGACUGUGCUGUAAAUAUUUUUGAGAAUUUGAUGAAAAAUAAUAGAAAUAAUAAUUUUAAUGAUGAUGAUGAUGAUGAAAAUAUGAAAUUGAUGUAUUUUUUCUAAAAAGAAAUGAUUUUUCGAUUGAAACGACGUUAGGUAGGACGUGUGUGCAAACAAAAAAAAAAUAUGUGCAAGAGAAUUUUGACAGCACCCUAUAUACUAAAUAGGUUAUGUUGAGUUUCGAGUGUAACUUGAGUUGUAAACCAACAUCCUGUAUAAUUUAUUCUAACCGACAUUUUAUUUCGUACAUAUCUUUAAUUUAGUAAAAAAAAUAAAUAUUUAUGUUGUAAUCAAAUUAAUGAAGGAUUUCUUUGUUAUAAAUUAUUAUAAUAAUUGUUUUUGAGAAUAAAAAAUUGCACGAUGAUGUGCGUGUUUUUUAAAUUGAUGUUUGAGACAGUGGCUUUUGAGAUAUGCUUUGGGAGAAAUCAAAUAUUUUCUAUAAGUAUUGAUUGUGUGAGUGUGAAUGCAUAAGGAACACUUGAAAAAAAAAAUAUAGUCACAAAAUAGCCUUCAAUAAAGCGGCUUUUUAAAUUUAAGGUGUGGUCUAUUUAAGCAUGUUUCUUCUGACGGCUCUCAAAUACUGAUUUUAUGAAGUACAAAAUUUUAUUUUAAUAAAAAUAUUUUAUCGGUGUAUUUUGUAGUUUU